AUGGACCGCCCGCCACCACCGCCAGCCCGUCCUGAGCGCUCAAUUCGGCGACCCGCAGGCGCGACCCCGAGCCCGGCGACCCCUCAAGGCGCCGGCGACUCGGGUCGCUUCCCAGGUGCACCACCUCGCAUCGGCGUCAGCGCGCCCGCCCCGAGCGCCGAGGGCAAGAACCGCCGCAUGAUGGACCAGUUGCGCCGCGGCGGCGUCGACUCGCCCAACUCGCCCAACCUGUCGCCCAACCUCGGCGCGUCCACCUCGUCGUCGACCGCCGCCCCGUUCGCCUCGGGCAGCGGCGGCGCCGCCUCGCGCCUGUCGCCCAUCCCGUCCGGCAGCAGCCCGCGCUUCGACCACGACCGCCACCACGCGUACGACGACGCCUCGUCGAGCUCGUCGUCGCGCGCCGGCUCGCCCGAGCCCGACUCGCUCGUCGUCCCGUCGGCCCUGAGCGACGCCAUCAGCGCCUUCUCGCGCGCGGGUGCACGCCGCGCCGACGGUCGCCGAGGCGGGCUCGCCGACCAGGGCUUCGACGUGCCGUCGCAGCGCGCCGGCGCCGGCGCCGGCUCGGGCGCGAGCAGCCCCGAGGAGGAGCUCUCGAGCGCGCAGCGCGGCCUCGCGCCCAAGCGCGCCGUCCUGAGCCCGGACGACUACCCGGACACGGCCGCGUUCCGCGAGGUCGACGAGGCGCUGCGGCGCGUCCGCGACGAGUGGCCCGCGCUCGUUCGCGGCACGAGCCUCGCCGGCCAGCUCGACGGCGAGUCGGACCUCGACGGGCCCGACUUCGACCCGGUCCAGCUCGCGCUGCACUUGCUCGACUCGGGCGGCGCGGCGGCGGGCCGGCGGCCGAGCGAGAACAUGGCCGGCGGCGGCGGUGGCGGCGGCGGGCGGCAGCUGAGCGGGUUCCUGCGCCUCAAGCAGCAGCUCGACAACGCCAUCAAGAGCACGCUCUCGCCGGCGCUCAACCCGGCACCGGGCACGGCCGCGACCGGCGGCGGCGCCGACCCGCACCGCGCGUUCGAGAGCGCCAUCACGACGCACAACGCGACGCUCCAGGCCCUGUCGGGCGCGCAGAAGCUCAUCGGCGGCAUGCGCACCGACCUGAGCGGGACGAGGGAGAAGCUCGAGGGCAAGGGCAGGGAGGGUCUCGCGGGCAUGUACGCGAGGUUGGGCAUGCUGGAGGAAAUGGGCGGGCUCCUCGACGAGAUCGACUCGCUUCUGCGACUUCCACCGUCGCUCGAGGCGCUCCUCGCCGAGAAGCGCUUCCUGAGCGCCGUCGUCCUCCUCGUCCGCUCGGUCAAGGCGCUCCACAAGCCCGACCUGCUCGAGAUCGGGGCGCUUGCCGACCUUCGCGCCUGGGCCGUCGCUCAAGAAGGGGUCGUCCUCGAGAUCCUCAUUGAGGAGCUCCACAACCACCUCUACCUCAAGUCGUUCUAUACCGACGUCCGGUGGAAGCCGUACACCCGAGGCCAAACGUCCUUACCGCUCGUCGACUUUGGCGACGACGCCGAGGCCGCCGCCUCGCUCGCCGCCGCCGGCGACGCCCAAGCCCGCAUGUCGGGCCGCUCGACGGCCCGCCUCCCGCGCCUGUCCAAGCUCCAGCGCUUCCUCCAGGACCUCGCGCUCAAGCCGUCGGGCGCCGACCCGACCCUCGACGAGGUCGUCGAGGACCUCCUCCUCGGGCCUGACGAGGCGGCCGACCAGGACGACGGGCUCGGCUUCGGCGGGUCCGCCUCGCUCGGCGCGGGCGAGACGUUCGGCACGUCGGGUGACAGCAGCUCGGCGUCGGCGGCGGGCGGCUCGGACAGCGCCGGCGGUGCGCGGCGGCGGCGGGCGAGGGAGAGGAGGAGGAACCCCGAGGCCGACAGCUUCAGCUACAUCGAGAUGCUCCUCGAAAGCCUGUCGGCCCUCGGCAAGCUCGGCUUUGCGGUCGAUGCGCUCGGGCAGAGGGUCCAAGGCGAGAUGUUUGCGCUCGUUGAGGCGACAGUCGACGAGGUCGAGGAACGCAACGACUCGUCCAAGACGUUCGCCAGCUCGGCCGGCGUCAACCGACCGACCUCCUCCCUGUUCAACCCGCCAUCGCCCAACCCGAACGCCUCUUCCUCUCACCCUCUCGGCUCCUCAUCAUCGGCGGCAACCGGCUCGUGGACGACCGACGGCGUCGCCGCCCUCUUGCGCCUGAGCGCCAGCGAGACCAACACGCUCGCGAGCAGCGUCGAGACGCUGCGGGAUCUGUUCUGGACGCUGUACAGCAAGAUGGACGCUGUUCUUCAAGGGUUUCGCGUCGCCUACGAGGUGGCAGCAAGGAUCGCCGAGCGUCGCGACUUCAAGGAGGGCUCUCUCAUCAAGGACUGGAGCGGGUCGCUCGUAUUCUCCCUGCUCCACGUGUGGAAGCCCGUCCAGCAGGAGGUCCGCGCGCUCCUCCACGACUACCUCACCGACGACCAGAGCGGCACCGUCAGCGCCCGCAACCCGAUCGCGAGCGUCAACGAGGUCCUGCGCUUCCCUCGGCCGAGGGACGGGUCAAAACAAGUGUUCAAGUUCGCCGACUCGGACCUCCAGUCGUCGCACGCCCUCCUCAAGGCGCACGAGGACUCGCUCAACGCGGCCAUCAAGUCGGCCGUCCCGGGCCUCAUCACCGACGGCGCGCCGUCGACCACGACCACCUCGGCGCUGAUUGUCGCCUCGAUGGACCCGUCAGCCGGGCGCAGCUCGGGCCUCAACGGCACGCACAAGGCGCUCGUGCCCGCCGACGCCUUCAACGUCUCGGUCCUGUUCGGCCCGACGCUCGCCUUCCUCGACCGCGUCCGCGAGGUCAUGCCCGGCGGGCUCAUGGGCGAGGACGAGACCAACGCGAGCACGGGCUUUGGCGGGUUCCUCGACGAGUUUGUCCUGCGCACGUUCCUGCCGCAGCUCGAGGAAAAGGUCGCGAGCGUGUUCCACCAGGCCGUCGGCGGCAUUGACGCGUUCCAGGAGGACCCGAACUACAAGCGUGUCUCGCGCGUGCCGAUCGUUCGAUCCGUGUCCAACCUCAUGCUCCUCAUCUCGUCCCUGUGCUCGAUGCUCAGGGCGACGCCGUUCCACCGCGAGAACUACAGCCAGCUCAUCGUGAGCGUCAUCCACCAGUUCUACCAGCGGUGCUUCGAGCGCUACAAGGACUUGACCGCCCGAGACGCGCCCGACUCGAACGGCUCGUUCGGCGGCACGACGCCGACCGCGACGCUCGGACCGCUCAAGCUCGCCGCGACAUGGGCCGACAUGCCCGAGCUUCACGCCUGCCUCACAGAGCUGCGUGGCGUCUCGCCCAAGGACUCGACCAAGCUGCGCGAGGUGCUCGAGAAGGAGACCAAGAUCGAGCUCGACCGCAAGCGCAAGGCGAGCGUGCGCGAGGACGACCUCAUCAGCCCGAGCAAGAAGAUUUGGGCACUCGCGACCCUGUACUCGAGCCUUGACUGGUUCAUCCUGCACGUCUCGGCGCUCAAGGCGACCGGCGAGGCGGUCGCGAGCCCGGCAACGAACGGGUUCGCCGCGGCUUCUCGCCGCCCGCGCGAGAGCGGCUACUCGUUCGCGAGCAGCUCCGACGCGAGCCCUUCUCUGGCGAGCCGGGAGAUGGACGAGGAGGGUGUGGCGGCCGGUGCGGGACCGAGCGAGGGCGGGAGCGAGACGGGGGCAGACGGGUUCGUCCUGCCUUUGACGAGCGAGAUGGCUCGCCCUUUCGAGGACCUCCUCACCUCGUACCGCCAGCUCGCCAACAUGGUCCUCUUCACGCUCCGCCUCGAGAUCCGCCUUCGCGCCAUGCACUUUCUCGACAAGGCGACUCGCGACGGCGUCUAUCAACUCGCCGAGGACAUCCAGGAGCCCGACCCGAGCGUCGUCGACCUCAACUCGGACCUCGCCGAGUGCGACGACAUCGCCGCCGGCACGCUCGCCGACGUGGAGCGCAGAUACAUCUUCGAGGGCCUGUCGCGCCUCAUGGACGAGUUGCUCGUGCACAACGCGCGCUACAUCCGCCUUGCCAACAAGUUCGGCCAGGCCAAGAUGCUCCGCAACAUCCUUGCGCUCCAGCAGAACCUCAAGAACCUGGGCGACACGCCGCUCGACGUCGACUUUGAGCGCAGUCGGCGCUUCUGGGACCUCUUUGCCGCAGGGCCAAAGGCCAUGCUCGACCUCGUCCGCAAAGGCCAGGCGCACUACGACUUCGACGACCUCAAGGCCCUCCUCAACCUGCAGUGCGGCAUCGACCAGUCGUCCAAGGACGGCGGCAUCCCGGCAGGCCCGAACGGUGCGGACGGCGGGCCUCUGAGCGCGAGCGGUGACCGCAAUCGGCGGCAGUACAACGAGUACCUCAUCGAGCUCUUCUCGCUCGACCCGACUGGCGGCAUGGCGGACGACUGAGGAACUCGUGCUCGGGCACGAACGGAGCGAGGUGGGAGCGAGUACGCAGGACGUGCAACGGCGAGCAAUAUUUCCUCGUG